AUUUUAUAGGUUGUAAAUAGUAAAAAAGUAAUACCACCAAAAAAAUCGAAUAAACGUAAACGAAAAAAGUAUGAUAAAGAAUAUUCAAAAAACGAUUCCUUUCAAUCCGUUGACAGGGAUGUGGAAACAUAUGAUCGUAAUAAUUUUAUUGGCGAAGACAGCGGAACGAAAUUAGAAUUUUUUGAUUCUCGGGAUGACGAUCACACGUCGGAUUAUCGCACUAUGACCGACACAGGUAUAUAUUUUAGCCAAUUUUGUAAUCAAACGUUUAACAAUGCCAACGGUGUACACAGUCACGAAAAUGUCAUUACUGAACAAACUCCUCUCCAGUGCGACGUUUGCUUUAAAACGUUUACCUGCUUAUCUAAAUUGGUUACACAUAAUAGAACACACACCGGGGAGAAACCAUAUGCUUGCAAUGUUUGUGGCAAAUCAUUUUCGAGGCAACAUUAUUUGGUUAGACAUAAUAGAAUGCACACCGGUGAGAAACCCUAUGCUUGCAAUGUUUGUGGACAAUCAUUUUCGGAUAAGUCAACUUUGGUUAGACAUAAUAGAAUGCACACCGGUGAGAAACCCUAUGCUUGCAAUGUUUGUGGACAAUCAUUUUCGGAUAAGUCAACUUUGGUUAGACAUAAUAGAAUGCACACCGGUGAGAAACCAUAUACUUGCAAUGUUUGUGGCAAAUCGUUUACGAGGCAAGGGCGUUUGGUUCUUCAUAAUAGAAUACACACUGGAGAGAAACCAUAUGCGUGCAACGUUUGUGGCCGAUCGUUUUCGAGACAAGAUCAUUUGGUUAUACAUAAUAGAACGCACACCGGUGAGAAACCAUAUGCUUGCAAAGUUUGUGGCCGAUCAUUUUCCGAAACAGGAAGUUUGGUUAUACAUAAUAGAAUACACACAGGCGAAAGACCAUUCGAGUGCGGCCAGUGUGAAAAAACGUUUUCAUCAAGCAGUAACUGUAAAAGACAUACACUAAAUGUUCAUACCAAAUGUUUGUAAUUUCAUUACUAUUAUGUCGUAUGACCCAUUACUCAAGAAUAAAAAUUAAUUUGUCUGUAUAA